UAUGUCAUAACACGAAUUAAUGACCUUGCGAUACGCAUCUUAAUUUAUUACUUCUUAACUGAGUCCAAACAUCCCAAAAUUGGACUGUGGAUCGUUUAGACGAGUGUUUCCUGAUAGCCUCAAACUGUGAGCACAUCUCCCAUCACGGUGGAUUCAAAGAUGUAGCCAAAAGUGAAGUGUCUCCUCUAUGAGAUUCAUCAACUCCCCUCAGCAGACACAUUUCCCAAGUCCUCGUGGGUGACAUCUAGUCAGGGCUCCAGCUGUCCUCCAACACCCCAUCCAGAUUUCUCCACCAUGCUGUUCUCUUUGCGCGAACUUGUUCAGUGGUUAGGCUUUGCCACCUUCGAACUCUUUCUCCACUUACUCGCUUUGCUGGUCUUCAGCAUGCUCGUUGCCCUGCGGGCCGACAUGUUCGCCCCCACGCUAAGCUGGUGGCUGGUGUUCAUCCCCCUGUUCGCCGCCGACGGUCUCAGCACCUACUUCACAGCCAUAGUAUCCAUCCGGCUUUACCAGGAGAACGAGAAGCGCCUUGCGGUCCUGCGGCUGCUCUGGGUUCUGACUGUGCUCAGCCUGAAGCUGGUGUGUGAGGUUCUGCUGUGCCAGAAGCUGGCGGAGCAGGAACAAGCCAGAGACCUUUGGUUUGGCCUCAUCGUCUCACCGCUGUUCAUCCUUCUUCAGCUGCUGAUGAUACGAGCAUGCCGAGUCAACUGAGGAGGGGGUUGGCUGUUUUUAACAUUGAGAGAAGUGUUUUCCAUCUGCUGUUGGAACCUUUUGAAGCAUAACGAUAUUGUGUGUUUCAGUAGGCUUCUUGGCACCUCUUGUUCUGCGUGAACAUUCAGUACAUAAAUCAUAGCCCUCUGUUCCAUGGAUUGCACACUAUAUUUUUUAUUGCUGUCUGUAUUUCUAAUUGAACCAAAUUGAACAAAAAUGUUCACUCUGUGUGGUUAUUAGAUGUACUUCAACAUGUCUGCUGUAUUAUGGAGAAAUCCCUGCCUCUUAGUUAAUGCACCUUGGGAAAAGUCUGACAAGAGAAUCAUUCUUAAAGCAAUGUAUUAAAACGCUGUCCAUUCCAGAAUCUUUCUACCCUAAAGCUUAAGAAUACUCGCGUUAUUAAAUGCUAAAUGUGAUUUGAUUCACUCCAGAAACAAAUGAAAUCAGCAUACUAGGUACAGAAAUUUGGUGCCCUAUCAUCAGCCAAGUUGAGUGAGUUUUUUUAGUCUGCAUGGAAUGUGAUGAGCCAUAGGUAUCAGUGUGAGGAUGUGGGACAUAGUGCCUCUUCAUUUUGCAGUCAGUAAUAGACAAUACAUCUUGUGGAAAAUACCGAAGUUCCUUUGAAAUGCACAUCUGCACGCAACAUAGUGAGUCGAAUGACAGUGGGAUUAGGAACACGGCACAAGAAGUUGCACCAGGAAUGUUGAUUGCUUUCGUUGCAGAAAUAUUGACAUGAAUUUUUGUUGUUGUUGUUGUUUUGUCUGAUCCCCACAAUGGGGUUCACACAGUUGAAAAGAAUGUUGUUAACACAGGCAGCUGAAUCUGAAACUGUCCCAUUUUAGUUCACAUUUUCCUCUCCAAUCUUUUUUUAAGCUUAAGAUGUGUAUGUUCUGCGUGUAUUUAAAAGCCGUGUUUGAACGUCGAUUCCUCUGACAAUGUACAUGCUAUGUGUAUGUCGAUUUGGGAAACAACUUGACAAGAUAUUUAUGUUAUGUUAUUACUGCAUCUUUUCUGUAUAUACGAUGUAAAUAAACCAAUAUUUAAUCUAUUUUCUUUUAUGAGAAAAGACCGGGCCGGGC